CCUAAUGCGAGCUGUCAAUCAAAACUUCAAACCAAUUCAGUGCUUUGGCUCAAUACCGCAACAGUGAUUCAUUCAUAUUUCACAUCAAUAAGGAACGAUGGCUCCAAAAGGUGGUUUAGUUAAGGUAAAACCCGUCGGUCAGGCCUAUAAAGACAAAAGCAAACCGGCUGAUGUUCGUAGCAGCAACAUCAAUGCAGCAAAAGCUGUUUCCGAUGCCAUCCGUACGAGUUUGGGUCCUCGAGGCAUGGACAAAAUGAUCCAAGCCGGAAAUGGUGAAGUCACAAUUACAAACGAUGGUGCCACAAUUCUGAAGCAAAUGAAUGUGAUUCAUCCAGCUGCAAAAAUGUUGGUCGAAUUGUCACGUGCGCAAGAUGUUGAGGCUGGUGAUGGUACCACAUCGGUUGUCGUUAUUGCAGGAGCAUUGCUUGAAGCUGCUGAUCGUUUACUUCAAAAAGGUAUUCAUCCAACCGCAAUCUCAGACGCCUUCCAACGCUGCAGUACGAAAGCUGUUGAGAUUCUCACGGCAAUGUCAAAGCCCGUCGAGCUAUCAGAUCGUGAUAGUUUGAUCAAAAGUGCAUCUACCUCACUUAGCUCGAAAGUUGUGUCACAACAGGGCAGCAUAUUGGCUCCAUUGGCCGUCGAUGCGGUGUUAAAAGUCACGGAACCGGGUCAAGAGGAACGCGUUGACUUGAAAAACAUCAAAGUCAUCCGUAGUUUGGGUGGUACCAUCGAAGAUACUGAAUUGAUCGAUGGUUUGGUGUUCACAGAACGAACGGCCGGUGUGAAUGGACCGAAACGCUUGGAAAAGGUGAAAAUCGGUUUGAUUCAAUUCUGUAUUUCACCACCAAAGACUGACAUGGACCAUAAUGUCAUUGUGUCAGACUAUGCCGCCAUGGAUCGUGUAUUGAAAGAAGAACGUGCCUACAUUUUGAACAUUGUCAAACAAAUCAAAAAAGCUGGCUGCAACGUUCUAUUAGUACAGAAAUCGAUCUUGCGCGACGCCGUCUCCGAUUUGGCCAUUCAUUUCUUGGACAAAAUCAAAGUUAUGGUUGUCAAAGACAUUGAACGUGAUCAAAUUGAAUUCGUAUGCAAAACACUUGGAUGCCGACCAAUCGCAUCGCUCGAUCAUUUUGUAGCCGAAAAUUUGGUGACAGCCGAUUUGGCUGAGGAGGUUGCUAGCGGAACGAACAAAUUUGUCAAGAUCACCGGUAUUCAAAAUCAAGGACGUACCGUUUCAGUCAUCGUACGUGGAUCAAACAAAUUGGUUUUGGAAGAAGCAGAACGAUCAAUUCACGACGCUUUGUGCGUUGUUCGAUGCUUAGUUAAGAGAAAGGCAUUGAUUGCUGGUGGUGGAGCACCCGAGAUCGAAUUGGCUUUGCAAUUGGCCGCUUAUUCAAACACAUUGGAAGGUGUCGACGCCUACUGUUUCCGUGCAUUUGCCGAAGCAUUGGAAGUGAUUCCAUCGACAUUGGCCGAAAAUGCGGGUCUCAAUCCAAUCACCACGGUGACUGAAUUGAGAAAUCGUCACGCACAAGGCGAGAUCAAUACUGGCAUCAAUGUACGUAAGGGAUCAAUCACCGAUAUUUUAACCGAAAAUGUCGUGCAACCGCUUCUCGUCUCCGUAUCUGCGAUCACAUUAGCUUCAGAAACCGUUCGAUCAAUUUUGAAAAUUGAUGAUAUUGUCAACACAAUCCAGUAAAUGAAAGAAUAACAUCCUCUACCACAUCAUAACCGUUCACAACAAUUUCUCAGUUUACCAGUACACUACAUUUAACUAUUUUUUCAUACGUACAUCGAUCGAUUCUUGAUUGUGACAUCGAUGUUUAUGCACUCACUAUCAGUUCUGUUAACAGCAUUAGCGUUAAUUUGAUUAAAAAGGCAAAUAAAAAACGUGCUUAUUAACCAAAAUCUAGAAAA